GGUUUUUGAAUCCUCGUUGCGCACACGCACGACCAACAUGGCAUUCUUGAAGGCAACACUGGGGAACGAUCUGUCAAAGCGCAUCGAAGAAGCUAAAAUCCUCGUCGUUGGUGCCGGCGGGAUCGGAUGCGAGCUGCUCAAGAACCUGGUGCUAAGUGGCUUUGGAGACAUUACCGUCGUGGAUUUGGAUACAAUUGAUGUGUCCAACUUAAACCGUCAAUUCCUGUUUCGAUCCCACCAUGUGGGCCAAAGCAAGGCGGAAGUGGCCAAGGAAGUGGCCCUGCAAUUCAACCCACGAGUCAAGAUCACGGCUUACCACGAAAAUAUCAAGUCGAGUCGGUAUUCGAUCGAGUACUUCAAGCAGUUCUCUCUUGUCAUGAAUGCAUUGGACAACGUUGACGCGCGAAAGCACGUGAACCGCAUCUGCUUGGCGGCACAUAUCCCGCUAAUUGAAAGCGGCACGACGGGAUAUCUUGGUCAAGUGUCUGUGAUCAUGAAGGGCGACACCGAAUGCUACGAGUGCACGGAGAAGGCGACGUCCAAGGUAUAUCCUAUCUGCACAAUUCGCAGCACGCCGGACAAAAUGGUCCAUUGCAUUGUGUGGGCCAAGGAGUGUUUCAAGUUGCUCUUUGGAAAGAUGGAGGACUCGAUGCUGUGGGAGGACCCCCUCAACGAUGACAAGUCGGCGUAUAUCGACCUGGUACUAGCGAAAGAUGUAUCCGCACAAGAGUACGCGACGAAUGUCUUCCAAGGGUUGUUUGAGUUCGAAAUCCAGAAGAAACUUGACAUUAAAACGUACAAGACUGCCAAGUACCAACCGACCCCCGUCUUCUUUAACAAACUCGAUCUCCCCGAUCUUUCCAAGGACGAGAAAACCCGGGGGUGGAACGAUCGCGUGCUGUGGACCUUGGAAGAAUGUGCCGCUCACUUUAUCCAGAGUACCGCGUGCCUUCUCGCGAACCCGGAUGUGGGUUUGCUCGAGUUUGACAAAGACAACGCCGAUGCGCUCGAGUUUGUGACAGCAGCGGCCAACUUGCGCGCACACGUGUUUGGGAUUUCAUUGGAAUCCAUGUAUGCGUGCAAAGGGAUCGCAGGCAACAUCAUUCCCGCCAUCGCGACAACCAACGCCAUCGUGGCCGGACUGCAGGUUCUAGAAGCGUUUAAAAUCCUUCGCAACAAUGGUCAGCAACCCAUCCAUGCCGCGUGCCGGUACACGUACUGCAAUCGGUCAUGGGACAGCCGAGGCGUACUACUGACUCCCGUGGCACUGUCCCAUCCGAAUCCCAAGUGCUUUGUCUGCUCUCGUCAAUUGGUCGACCUCGGCCUCAACGUCCACAAAACAACCUUGCAGCAAUUUGUGGACAACGUUCUCAAGAAAAAGAUGGGCGUGAACGAGCCCACAAUCUCGAUCGGGUCCAACACCAUUUACGAAGAAGGCGUAGACGCCGAGGAGUCGCUGACUGCGAAUCUGGCGAAGAAACUGACCGAGUUGCCUGGUGGUGGUAUUGUCCAAGGCACGGUGGUGAUCGUUGAGGACUUUUCUCAGGACUUUACCUGUUCAAUCUCGAUCCACCACGUUGCCACGAAAGACGAAGUUGUCUAUUUGCUCGGCAGCGAAUGGCACAAGCACAACGAAGAAAGCGCGACCCACGACGACAAUGAAGUGACUGAAGUCUCAACGGACAAACGAAAGAAGUCGAUGGACGAAGUGUCUGCCUCGCCAGCGUCCAAGCGUCCUAGAGCGUAGUGUCUGCAUUACACUUAACGUAUACAUCCGUCUUUGUAAAUCACCUUUCCAAC